GUCUAUUAGUCACCCUUCUAUACAAAAUACCUCGCUCUUGCUCUUGCUAUCUUUCACUAACACGCACUUUAACACACGCCAGAAGCCGAUCUAGAAAGUGGUAUAGUCAAUCGCAACUAGCACUGAUAGAAGUGUUAUCAACGGUAACACAAAACCAUCGGAUACAACGCUGAGAAGACUCAAGUCACCAUGUCCAUCAGCAAAUUUAUGAACCUCAAAAGUUUCCAUCCCGGAAACUUUGCAAAUCAAAAGGCCGUAUGGAUCGCACAGGAGCGCGAUAAAGACGAUAAGAAGCACCAGAAGCAAUUGCAACAGGUGCUUCAGAAGGAGCAGCAAGAGCAUAAGCUACUCGAGACCACACCACAUUCCAUUGAGGAGCGGAAUAGAUUAGCACUCAGCUUCAUGUACAAGCAACCGCCGGGGCUGGAAUAUGCCCAAGAGAAGUUAAAGCUGAAAGACCGGGAGAUGGCCAAAAAGAGAAAGAGAGAGGAGGAGGACAAGCGAAUGAAUGCGCAGGAGCGGUACAUAAGAGAUAAGGAUAUGUCGUUGACAGAUAAAUUUGAAGUGUUGAAGAAUGCACCUCGCACUGGUGACUAUGUCGCAGAUGUGAAACGAACCAGGAACAUCGACAGACCUUUCGGUGUCGAGAUUAGGAAUAUAAAGUGUCUCAAGUGUGGCAACUGGGGCCAUGGACACACUGAGAGAGUUUGCCCUCUAUUUAAUACUAGUAAACAGACUGACCAAGGUAUAAACGAGGAUGAUGAGUUGGUUCGUCCGUCUGUAGUGGAUCCUCUCGAGUUGAUGCGCGACAUGAAGAACGGUGGCUUGGCUAUGAAGCAAACGAUAUUGGGAAGACUAAACGACGAUCAAGCGAGCAAUCAACAGAUGGUAUUCUCGGAUGAAGACGACGACGGGAGAGAGAUAGACGCACAAACACUUCGAGCGUUUGCCAAUCUCUCUCCGAAAUCAAAACGCAAAGUGUUGAGGCGGAUGAAGAAGUCGAGCGCACUUGGAGACAACGGGGGUGGUGUACAGAAAAAGCACAAGAAGCGGAGGAAGACAAAAAAGAAGAAAAGUAGUCGAAGUUAAUUAGCUAGUAUAUAGAUUCGAGUGAUCGCACUUUUGCUACUCUUAUUGUCGCAUUGGAACGUACAUAGGAGUGGAUUAAACUCAACCACCUCUAUAUUAUGUGGGUAGUAAAAUUUGAUGCAUUGAGCAUCUUAUUCUGA